CAGCUACCAGGUUCUCCCGGGAUAUGCGAUGUGUUGUGUGUCGUGUUCACAGCUUAAAUGAGUAACACACGUAGCUGACGGUAGCGAGCAGUUUUGUUUAUUAACCAUAUAAACAUAUUUUAUAGACUUUACCUACUAAGUAUCACGGUUUAAGAGAAAUGGAUUGGAGAGUUAUUUGGGGUAUCAUGAUGGGCCAGGACCCGGAUUCGGAAUUCGUCUCUCCUUACACCGCAUCCUUGAUCUUUUUCUUCAUUACCAUGGCAACGGGUGUCUUUCUACGCACCCUCAACACGAUCGUGAGCCCAAAAUGGCUUCAAGAGUACGUAGCUGAUUUUGUCACCACUGCAGAAGCGUGUGCAUACUUCUUUGAAAACAACUUCGUCUACAAAUACUAUGGAUCAUUUUGGUUCGCCAUCGCCAUCAUAUGCCAGUUAUACGUCUGCACUCGUACUUUUGGAAAUGCUUCAGAGAAUCCAGUGAAAGCUCUCACUCAGUUAGUAAACGCAGAAAUAACGCCAACAAAAGCUGCGUUGAAAAUAGUUAUUCAGACAUUGGCAGGCCUUGCAUCCUACAGAUUCGCCAAGGCAGUAUGGGCUCUCGACCUAAUAUCGGAUCAUCACGAGAGAUACUACGAAUCUACGUGUGCAUCUGACUUGAAUGUCGUGCUCCUUAUGGGAUUUAUGAUCGAAAUGGCAGCCUCCUUGUCAGACACAUGGCUGGGUAUGCAGCGCGUCUCCAAAGUGUCAUUAUUGGACGAAUUCAUCAAAUACAGCAACGGGGCCCUCAUGAUAACCAUAGGACUCAACACCACAGGAAUGUAUUUCAACCCAGCCAUGGCUUUUGGUCAUACAUUUGGUUGCCAAGGAACGGCCGCAUGGGAACAUUUUGUUGUUUAUUGGAUUGGACCAUUCUUAGGAUGCUAUGCUGCCAUCCUAUUGGACAGAAUUAUUCACAUAGAUGUCUGUAGUGCUGUAGAAGCAGAAGUCAAAAAGACGCAGUAACUUUGUUUUAAUAGACAUGUAGCUCCUGUGUGUUUGAAUUUGUUUCCCAGACGGUGGUGAACAUUUCUUUCCAAGGAUAUGGGUGCAUUGGAGAAAUGCACGUUGUAGCCAUAAUGGUGGUUCACAAUAGACUAGAAUACGCACAGAACCCCUCAUUGAUUGUGAAAGAUGACAAAGUUAUGGUGCUACAGCUUUAAACUGAUAAAACACUUUCUAACGAAUUUUCUCCUUUUACCUGUUGUUACUACCACGAGUGUCGUCCCAUUACAUUCCAUUCCCCCAUACCUUUGUUAUUUAAUUAACUUAUAUAUAUUUAUUUAAAAAAAUAGUUCUAGGUCUGUGUACAAUACAUGCAUUUUAUCUACCCGUAUCUAAUCUAAGCUGUGAUGGUUGAUAAUGUCACUAAUAUUUAUUUCCCAUUUGUGGAAAGUUUUAUAAUAAAAUAUGUUGAAGGUA